AUGUCUCGUGGAAACCAGAGAGAAAAGGCUCGCGCGAAGAACCUGAAGGCCGAGAGUCAAGUGAAAAAUAAGAACACGAUGACCGGCUCUGAGUUCCAACGACACAAGGAAAGCAGCGCCGCUAUCAUGCGUGAAAAGCAAAAGCUCGCCGAUGAACGCCGGGCAGCCGACGCUGGCAAGAAGAAAUGA